AUGCAGUCAUUACAUGUGUUCAUCAUCACUCUCUUGUUCCUAUUUGCUUACUCCCUCCACCAGUUUCCAUUUGCCCAUGCUUUAUCGAGCUCUAUCCCAACAAACACAAGUCUGCUGCUGUAUCCAACCAUCAACUUGGGUGGAAACUCUAGUGCUCGCUUAUUCCUCCAGAGCACAAGUUCCGACACCCUUGCUAGUUUUGGUUUGUACAGCACAGAUGGUUCUGUGUUUAUCCUUUGCACCAUGAUGAGCUACUACGGUGGCUACGGGGAUAGUAUUAUUGGCCAUCCCCAGGUUAUCUGGUCUGCAAACCGCAACUUCCCUGUAGGCAGGGAUGCCAUCCUUUCUUUCACUGUGGCUGGUGAGUUACUUCUUCACAAUGCUGUUGGCACCUUAAUCUGGUCCACGCCGACAAAGGACGCCUCUGUAGCUGGCGUGCGCCUCGAUGGUUCUGGAAACCUCGUGCUUUUUGAUCGAAACAAUGUCUCUAUCUGGGAGUCCUUUGACUACCCGACGGAUACAUUGGUCAUCGGGCAGUCACUAUGCGCGGGAGCCAAUCUCACUGCCAAUGAUUCAUUCACCAGUUGGGCAUCAGGUCAGAUCAAUAUUCAUUCCUCAUCAAAUGGAUUGCAGUUUUAUUUUGGCCCUGCCGCGUACACACAAGUAUUCCAACCAACUUCUCUAGGCAAUGAGACAUCAGAUUGUUAUGCAUUCACCAAUGGCAGCUUUGGAUUUCCCAAACUGGUCUUCUCAUUGCCCCUUGCAAGGUCAUUUCAGUUCAUGCGGUUAGAGUUUGAUGGUCAUUUUCGUCUAUAUGAAAUGAAGGAGGCUGCCUUCCACGUUGUGCUUGAUGUGCUGAGCAAUGAGAUCAAGUUCUGUGAUUAUCCUCUGGCCUGCGGUGAAUACAGUGUUUGUAUAAAUGGCCAGUGUUGCUGUCCCAGCUCUCACUUUUUUAGACUCCAAGAUGAAUGGCAUCCAGAUAUGGGGUGUCUACCACGAGCUAAUUUGUCUUGCAAUGACAUGCGCUAUCAUCAACUUGUACCUAUUAGCAACAUUUCUUACUUCAGUGAUGAUGGCUUCCAAUCAUUGGCUACUUCUGCUACAGAUGCGGACUGCAAGCAAUCUUGCUUGGAAGAGUGCUCUUGCAAAGUUGCAUUGUUUAAAUACGAUGCCCCUGAUGGAAUUGCUGGCUCUUGUUUGCAUUUAUCACAGGCAUCACUACUUUCUCAAACUACAAAUUCUUCUCAUCGUACUUCAGCAUUUUUCAAAAUACAGGGCACCAUGAAAAGAAGGACCAGAAUUGCCAUUGGUUCCGUGGUUGGUAGUUUUGCAUUAUUCGUAACUGCCAUCUCCAUUUUCACUUGGAGAAUAUGUAAGAAAAGAGAGGAGGAAGAAUGCUUCCUUGGAGGAAUACCUGGAGUACCAGCACGCUUCUCCUAUAACGAGCUGAAGAUAGCCACAAGGAACUUCUCGAUGAGGCUUGGAUCCGGAGGGUUUGGUUCUGUCUUCAAAGGUAAAAUAGGCAAGGAAACGAUAGCUGUCAAGCGCUUAGAAGGCGUUGACCAAGGAAAGCAGGAGUUCUUAGCAGAGGUUGAGACCAUAGGAAGAAUUCAUCACAUUAAUCUUGUUAGGUUAAUUGGAUUCUGUGCUGAAAAAUCAAGCAGGCUACUUGUGUACGAGUAUAUGGGCAACAGUUCAUUGGAUAAAUGGAUAUUCCAUGCGCAUCCAGUUUUUACUCUCUCCUGGAAGACAAGGCGUAAUAUCAUAAUGGGUAUUGCUAAGGGUCUGUCUUAUCUCCAUGAGGAAUGUAAACAAAGGAUUGCUCACCUAGACAUCAAGCCACAGAACAUUCUUCUGGAUGACAGGUUUAACGCGAAGGUCUCGGAUUUUGGAUUAUCGAAAUUGAUAAGUCGGGACGAUAGCAAGAUCAUGACUCGGAUGCGAGGCACACGUGGAUAUGUUGCACCUGAGUGGUUAGGUUCUAAGAUCACCGAGAAGGUAGACAUCUACAGCUUUGGAAUUGUCAUAGUUGAAAUCAUAUGUGGGCGAAGGAACCUGGACGAAUCGCAGCCUGAAGAGCGAGUUCACCUGAUCAGUCUUCUGCAAGAAAAGGCUAGAUGCGGAAACCUAUUCGAUUUGGUGGACACAAGCAGCAACGACAUGCAAUUUCACAUGGAGGAGGUUAGAGAAAUGAUGGACCUCGCAAUGUGGUGCUUACAGGUUGAUAGCAGCAAGAGGCCUCUGAUGUCAACAGUUGCCAAGGUGUUGGAAGGUGUGAUGACGUUAGAGGCCACACCUCACUAUGAUCUUGUUGCGAAUCAUGAACCAAAUAAGAGCGAUGCUAAGGUGCAAAUUUGUUCAUACCUUCCUUCGGCAACACAUCUGUCCGGGCCAAGGUGACAAGUUUCAUGCAGCAUUCUCAAAUACACCAAUAGUGUUGUUUAUGGCUACUAGUUUGUAUCAUCAUUAUA